AAACCUGAAGAUUACAGCUUAAGGAGGAGCCCUCGCAGACCUACAGAAUGAAUUGGAUAUUUUCAUCCUGUUCCUUUUGGUUUGGAUUCUGUAUUUGCUUUUCAGACUUCUGUCUUAGCACAAUAUUUUUCUCAAGCUGUUCAGAUCUCAUAGAGGGGUUUGGUCACUGUGGAGUCCUAUGAGAUGUGCUUGAGGAAUUUCUUCCAUUAAGUUUUGCCUUGCUCAUGAUAAUGAGGAGGGUAAAAUUCAAAGGGAGAAAAAAAACAGCAAAAAUCUCAGGUUAUUUAGCCAGCAGGCUUUACCUUACAUUUUGAUUCUCUUUCUGUCCACGUAGCUGUGUUAGUUCCUCUGGUUUUCCUCAUAGAAUCAUUAAGGUUGGAAAAGACCUCUUAAGAUCAUCUAGUCCAGUUGUCAGCCCAUCACCACCAUGCCUUCUAAACCAUGUCCAUAGCGCUCUAUCCUUUCACAUUCACUCCCUGUCAUUAACAAAUACUCAUCAUUUGAGUCUUUCCACCACUGCUCUGCCCAGCACUGAGCAAAUGCUGCAUGUGGACUGCUCCUGGAACCGUAGAAGGAACAACCAGCAUCCAUGCCUGCAAGGCCUGGGCGUGCAGCCUCACUAUUGCGCUCUGCUGCUUGCAGCCAUAUUGCAUUGCAGCAUGCUUAGCUUCUAGCUGUAGUGCUUCUGUCACUUUUCAAUAGUUUGUUCAUUUGCACGACUGUAUCCUGAGACAGCUGCUAAAUCUAUACAAGUGGUCUGAGAGCUAAAUCUGUACAAAUGGCUUGAGAGAAGGUGGCUUGGAUCAGGAGAGUGUACUUCAUUGGUCAUUACAUUCGUCCUUCAAAGUUGGUGGUGAUGGCCCCACAAUUACAGGUGAUGGCCCCACAAUUCUUGGCUUCAUAAACAUGUGCCUUCAGGUGGGGAGAAUAAACAGAGACUGUGUAGUAGCAUCAUCUGGAGAUCUUCAAAGGCAGAAGGAGGGAUGAUGGAGUGGUCUUACUGGUGUCACCUUUAGACUGUCUGUUUUAGUGUCACGUCUCAAACAGUGGCCCAUACCAGGUACUUCAGAUGGGAUGGUAAGAAGUGCCUGAGCAGAUCUCUGGGAUGUAGCCUGUCCUGUAGUCCUAUCAUACUUCUUCCAAAGCUUCCAAAGCUUUUACAGCUAUAUGACAGCUUAUUAUGGAAGAUGGGUUUUCUCAUAAAUACGACAGCUUGUUACCCAGAGAGAUAAGCUAUCCUCUAGUUUUGCACUUUUUUCCCCCCCAAUGACAUCACUGAAAAAAAAUGUUCCCUUUUGCCAAUUUUGUAGUCAUUUGUAUUCUUCCCUUGUAGUGUUAACAAAUGUCUCUUCUCUUGCUCAGCGAGAUGAGAACACUUUGCUUUUCCAUCCCUCUGUGCAAAGUGCUGUGGAUGUGCUUACAGCGUCUGUCCUUCUCUGCGUGAGUUCAGAUGGUUUUCAGAGACCUGAAUCUUCCCAGUGCUGAUCUGUGAGCCAUCUCCAGCUCCUCCUGGUGGGACAGGAGGUUAUGCCACUCUCCAGGUUUGCUGGGUGCCUGCCGGUGAAAGAGAAGGGUUGAUAUUUUGCCCAGGCCCUUAGGUCCUGAACCAAAAUGGCAGCUGGCGAGUCCCCUCCCAUAGGAGAUGCCUUCAUCGACCUGCAGCAGGGCAGAGAUCGUGCAGAAAAAGCCUCUCCUGGUGCCGAGGAUGAUGAGGACUUGGAUAAGACCUUAUCAAUCGAGAGAUUUGGGGACCUGAUAAGCAAGUCAGCAUCAAGCGAUCUGGAGAAGCAGAAACGCAGCUACAGUGAGAGAGAUUUUGAAUUCCACCGCCAAACCUCGCACCACAUCCAUCAUCCCCUUUCCACUCACCUCCCUUCUGCCCUCAAGUUCCAAAAGAGGCCUCCCCGUGCCAGCAGGAGGAAAAAAAGAAGAAGGAAAAAGAAGAAAACCUCAGUACCCCCCUCAGAGGUCACCCCUACCAUCCAAGAAGUGGACGAGGAAGGAGGAGAAGAGGAGGAAGAAGAGGAAGAAGAAGAGGAGGAGGAAGAAGGAGAGUCUGAGGCAGAGGAAGCCCAGGAGAAGGAGGUCUUUGCAGAGUCUGAGGGCGAAGCUCGUGGGAAGGACACAUCCCCUAAGCUGGAGCCCCCAAGCAAACCAAAGUUCACCAUUGGCAGCGAUGAGGAUGAGUCUGGCAGCACUCUGGCCCCAGCGCAGUUCCACGUAGAAGAGGAGGUGUCCUCCACACCACACCUCACUGACCUGCUGCAGGACAAGGGCCCUGCCUCCCUCUGCAGCCUCCCUGGACCUCGGGAACGUGUUUCUCAGGUCUGGGAGAAGCGCAAGCCCUGGGGCCAGGGGGCAAGUGGACAACGAGUUACCUAUGACUUAAAGGAGAGGAUGUGCAUCGGCAGUAUGACCACGCUGGAGAGUGCAGCAUAUCAGCGUGUCCCCACGGAUGAGGCUGAGGCCCAGAUGCUGGCAUCUGCUGAUUUGGAUGGAAUGAAAAGCCACCGCUUUGAAGACAAUCCUGGUGUGAGGAGGCAUCUGAUGAAGAAACCAUCUAGGAGCCAGAUCACCAGGACGAGCAAAAAAAUAGCAUCAACCCCAUCAGUUAAAAAAAAGAAGAAAAAGAAGAAGUUGGAUAGAAAACCCCAUGAGGUGUUUGUGGAGCUGAAUGAACUGGUGGUGGAUAAGAACCAGGAGAUGCACUGGAGGGAAACAGCCCGCUGGAUCAAGUUUGAGGAGGAUGUGGAGGAGGACACAGCCAGGUGGGGGAAACCUCAUGUGGCUUCACUGUCCUUCCGCAGCCUGCUGGAGCUCAGGAAGACAAUUGCCCAUGGUGCUGUUCUUCUUGACCUGGAGCAGACCACACUGCCUGGCAUCGCUCACCUCAUGGUGGAGACCAUGAUAAUCUCUGACCAGAUCAGAGCAGAGGACCGAGCCAACGUGAUGCGUGCCCUGCUGCUGAAGCACAGCCACCCAAAUGAUGAGAAGGAGGGCUUCUUUCCAAGGAAUCACUCCAGCUCUAGCAUGAACUCUAUUGUGGGGAACCACCACCACAAUCACACCACAGACACCUGUGUGCCCCUCAUGGGAGAGGAGCGAAUUGAGAUGGCUGACCCCAAGGCCCAUGAAACUGAAUGCAAAGAGAAAAAUGUGCAUGUCCAUAACUCUGAGGGGCAUCGUAAGUACCUGAAGUUGAUGGAGAAGAUUCCUGAAGAUGCAGAGGCCACUGUAGUCCUUGUGGGCUGUGUGCAGUUCCUGGAGCAGCCAACUAUGGCCUUUGUCCGACUAAAUGAGGCCGUCUUCCUGGAAUCUGUCUUGGAGGUCCCAAUUCCUGUCAGAUUCAUCUUCGUGCUGCUGGGGCCAAGCCAGGCCAACAUGGACUACCAUGAAAUUGGUCGAUCAAUCUCCACCCUCAUGUCUGACAAGCAUUUCCAUGAGGCUGCAUACAUGGCUGAUGACCGUCAAGAUCUCCUCAAUGCAAUCAAUGAGUUCUUGGACUGCAGUAUUGUCAUUCCUCCAUCUGAGGUGGAGGGGAAAGACUUGCUUAAAUCCAUUGCCACCUUCCAGAAGUUGCUGCUGAGGAAGAGGAAGGAGAGGGAGCAGAAAUCCAUGAAGGAAGGAGAUGUCCAGGAAGCCAAAGAGCUGUGUGAAGUGAAGGCUGAGGAAGAAGAGGAGGAAGCUGAGGAUGACCCUUUGAAGCGGACUGGAAUAUUUUUUGGAGGUCUGGUUCGGGACAUAAAGCGCAGGUACCCCAAAUACCUCAGUGACAUCAGAGACGCCUUGCACAGCCAGUGUCUCGCAGCCGUUCUCUUCAUCUACUUUGCUGCUCUCUCUCCUGCCAUCACCUUCGGGGGACUCCUAGGAGAGAAAACUGAGGGUCUCAUGGGGGUCUCCGAGCUGAUAAUCUCCACCUCGGUUUUAGGGAUCCUCUUCUCCUUGCUUGGAGCCCAGCCGCUCCUGGUCAUUGGCUUCUCAGGGCCUCUGCUGGUGUUUGAAGAAGCUUUUUACAAGUUCUGCCAGACACAAGGCAUUGAGUACCUGACAGGCAGAGUGUGGAUUGGUUUGUGGCUCAUCGUUUUCAUCUUCAUUAUUGUGGCAGCUGAAGGAAGCUUUUUGGUGCGCUACAUCUCGCCCUUCACCCAGGAGAUCUUUGCUUUCCUUAUCUCCCUCAUCUUCAUCUACGAGACCUUCUACAAACUGUACAAGGUGUUUGCAGAACAUCCUCUGCUGAAGUUUUACCCACCAAAUGUGCAAAGCAGCCUGAACGCCAGCAUGCUCUCUGCAGAUGCCAUGUCACUGGGAAUCAGGAUGCAGCCCAACACUGCUCUCCUCUCCCUCAUCCUCAUGCUAGGCACCUUCUUCAUUGCCUUCUUUAUGCGCAAGUUCAAGAACAGCCGCUUCUUAGGAGGAAAGGCUCGGCGGAUCAUCGGAGACUUCGGGAUCCCCAUCUCCAUCCUAGUCAUGGUGCUGGUGGAUUACACCAUCACAGACACGUACACGCAGAAGCUGAAUGUCCCAUCUGGCUUGUCGGUCACAUCUCCUCACAAGCGUGGCUGGUUCAUUCACCCCAUGGGCAGCAAUGGGACCUUUCCAUUGUGGAUGAUGUUUGCCUCUGCCAUCCCUGCUCUCCUGGUCUUCAUUCUUAUCUUCAUGGAGACACAGAUCACUACGCUGAUUGUGAGCAAGAAGGAGAGGAAGCUGUUGAAAGGCUCUGGCUUCCACCUGGACCUGCUGCUCAUUGGCACUAUGGGGGGGCUCUGUGCACUCUUUGGACUGCCAUGGCUGACAGCAGCAACAGUGCGCUCCGUCACCCAUGUCAAUGCCCUGACAGUCAUGAGCAAGGCCAUUGCACCAGGAGAGAAGCCCAAGAUCGAGGAGGUGAAGGAGCAGCGUGUGACAGGAGUGCUUAUUGCUGCCCUUGUCGGCCUGUCUAUUGUGAUGGGGAACAUGCUACGGCAGAUCCCGCUGGCUGUGCUCUUUGGCAUCUUCCUCUACAUGGGGGUUACAUCUCUCACGGGCAUCCAGCUCUACGAGCGACUGCUCCUGAUCUUCAUGCCAUCCAAGCACCACCCCGACCACAUCUAUGUUGUUAAGGUAAAGACGUGGAGAAUGAAUCUCUUCACUUGCAUUCAACUGGCCUGCAUUGUGCUGCUCUGGGUGGUGAAAUCUACGGUGGCAUCUCUAGCCUUUCCCUUCGUUCUGAUCAUGACAGUGCCAUUGCGACGCUUUGUACUGCCCCGCUUCUUCCACGACAGGGAGCUCAAAGCCUUGGAUUCGGAGGAUGCAGAGCCGAACUUUGAUGAGGAUGGCCGGGAUGAGUACAAUGAGCUGCACAUGCCUGUGUGAACUGCAGCCUGUCCUCCCUGCACUUGGGACAGGCUGCUCACACCUGCUUGUCCCCUCGAGGACUAGUGGGAGACUUGCCACAAGUCAAGCAAUCUUGCCUGGACCAAUGAAUGGCUGUUCCAUAGCUCUGCAGGAGGCAGCCCCUGCUCCUGCUGCCCCAUCACUCACUCAGCAGAGGCUGCUCAUCUCUCCCCUCUCAGGCCUGAGGGGCUGAGAGGUGCCUCUCACAUCCCAAAGCUGUGUGGGUCUAGAGUGCCCAUGGAUCAGGGGUCUGCCCUGUCCCUGCUGGAGGCAGCCUGUGUUUAGUCUCUGGGUGGUGAAGGGGAGCCAUGCCAGCUGGUACCACUGUGUCCCACUCCAUUUCCAUUGUGGCUUGGGUGUCGUGCCACAAUACACUAUUGGGCAGUCACAGGAACAGGCCUGAUGCUGUCUGUGCAUGGACGGUGGACUCCGCACAGGCUGGGUGAGGACACCAGCCUCUAUGCUCAGCUAACAGAUGCCUUGCUUCUGCUCUCUCUGUUCUUGCAGCCAAAUUGCUGUCCCCUGCACCCUGGGAGACAUUGCCAACCAAUCCCUUAGGGUGUACUCCAGCACAGGGGCAAGGAGAGACCAGUGCUCUUCCCUGCUUGUCACAGCUUCCCCUGCACCACUGGGACAGGCACUGCUGUAUCCUGGCAUCUUGCAGAUGAGGGGUGCUCUGCAGGUCCUGUCCUUCAGGCUUUCAUUUGGAGGCCACUCUCUCACAGGACUGGUUUCCACCCUUGCCCAGCAUUCAGGAGGUAUUUGUUUCCUCAUAAUUUUCCCAACACUCUUCCCAAAAGGAAAACAGCACUCGGAGGAGAUGAACAGGUACCUUGAAGCCUUAGGUGCAUGCCCAACAAACAACAAAGGUUACAAGAGGUCCUGAUCCCCAUCUCCCUGUCCUUGAGCACAAACCACAUUUAAGAGCUAUACAAGAGAUGUAGUGCUGGAGCAUGAAAUAGUCCUGUGGGUCCUCUCUCUUUCCCUGUGCGGUGAUCACUGGUUCUGGCUCCUCACAGCCCAGCAUUGAAGUCACAGAACCUCCUGGCCCCAUUUCAACUCCCAUGCUGGAGUGACCAUUCGUGUCCAUUCCAGCUGGGAAGAAGCAGUAUUCAGCGUGUCCAGCACUUAGCCCUGGCCUCCUCGGGCCUGGCAGGGAUGUGUCCUAGGAUCUCCUGAACCAGCAGCCUCCAUUCAGAGCAGGCAGCCUCAGCUAGCAGCUCUGGCACAUGGGCAGCUCUGAUGUAAUGCCCUGAUGAUAGGAGCCAGAGUGGCCUUGUGGAGGAAGAUGGGAUGCGUGUUCCAACAUUGAUCAGCCAUCAGAUUUGGGACAAGCUGCUGCCCUGGUUCCCAUUUAUCAGCCCGGCUCCUGUGGGAGAAGGUGGGUCCCACACCUCCCCGGGAGGCUGCACAAACACCCACAGAGAGCAAAGCCCCUCCAGCAGCAGGCUCCAGCCCCACCGCCGCGCCCAUGCAGGGUGUCUGUGUGUCUGUGGCCGUGUGCGUCCUGUCCUCCCUGUGUAGUGUAGGAGGCUGUUGUCGCUGUGCAUUGUGACUCCUCUGACUGUAGUGGAAACAGCUGCACCAAUAAACUUCACAGGAACCA